ACAAGUUGUGUGGUUCAAAAACUUAAAGACAGAGAAUUUGAGAGUCGGAAGAAAUGGAGUUCCUUCUUCUCGUCUUGAGAACCAUUUCUUCGCUAGCCCUUGCAGGAGUGGUUUUCUACAUCUUUCACGCCUACAUCACAAGCUGGCUCAAGUCUCAAAGGCUUAGAAGGAAGCUCCGUAUGCAAGGCAUCAAAGGACCACCUCCUUCCUUUCUCUAUGGAAAUGUACCCGAGAUGCAGCAAAUCCAAUUAAAGGCAAGGAAGGCUCGGAGUCAGACUGAAAUUGUUGCCCAUGACUAUACUUCCACCAUCUUUCCAUUUUUUGAUCAUUGGAGAAAAGAAUACGGUGUGAUAUACACAUAUUCAACGGGGCUUAGGCAACACCUGUAUGUGAACGACCUUGAGGUAGUGAAGGAAAUGAACCAGUUAAACACUUUGCAUUUGGGCAAGGCUCCUUAUAUGACCAAGGCACUUAAAUCCAUGCUCGGCAAUGGCAUCAUAAGAGCCAACGGCCAUUUUUGGGCCCAUCAAAGGAAUAUCAUUGCGCCACAGUUCUUCAUGGACAAGGUUAAGGGCAUGGUGGGACUCAUGGUGGAAUCAACAGAGCCAUUGCUAAAAAAAUGGGAAGCAAUGAUUGAAGCAAAAGGCGGUUUCCCAGCAGAAAUUAAUGUGGAUAGGGAUUUGAGGAGCGUUUCAGCGGAUGUUAUUGCAAGGGCAUGUCUUGGGAGCUCUUAUGAUAAAGGCAAAGAGAUUUUCUCCAAGCUUAGGACUAUUCAAACCACCAUUACAAAGCAAGGCUUUCUUUUUGGCCUCAAUAAUUCAAGAUUUCUUCCUAACAAGAAGAAGAUCAGCACCUUAGAAAGAGAGGUAGAAUUAUUGAUCUGGGAGACAGUCAAAGGACGCCAACAGGAACGCUUAGACACAUCUUCGUGUCGAAAAGAUUUAAUGCAGCUAAUAUUAGAGGGUGCUGUGAAUGAAGCCACCGUAGGCGAGGCUUCGCCUCAGCAGUUUAUAGUCGAUAAUUGCAAGAACAUAUACUUCGCUGGUUAUGAAACAACUGCCGUCACUGCCUCCUGGUGUUUGAUGCUACUCGCUCUGCAUCCAGAGUGGCAAGCUCGUAUUCAAGCGGAGGUGGCUCAAGUUUGCAAGAAUGGCCUGCCCGAUGCUGACUCAAUUUCUCGAUUGAAAACGGUGACUAUGGUGAUUCAAGAAACCAUGCGUCUUUACCCAGCAGCAGCAUUUGUGUCAAGGGAGGCACUCCAAGAGACUCGAAUUGGAAACAUUAUGGUUCCGAAAGGGGUAUGCAUUUGGACUGUAAUUCCAACUUUGCACCGGGAUCCUGAUAUAUGGGGACCAGAUGCCAACGAGUUCAAACCUGAGAGAUUCAUCAAUGGUGUCUCCAAAGCUUGCAAAUCCCCCCAAGGCUAUAUCCCAUUUGGUUUAGGCACUCGCUUGUGCUUGGGUAAAAACUUUGCAAUGGUUGAAUUGAAGGUGCUUCUAUCCCUUAUAGUCUCCAGGUUUACUUUUUCUCUAUCCCCAAGUUAUCGACAUUCUCCUUCUUUCAGGAUGCUUGUGGAACCUGAACAUGGUGUGUAUAUCCAUUUACAAAAGAUCUGACAGAUCAGUGACAUACCACUGGUUUUAAAUGCCUUGAAUAUUAAUCCAGUUAAUGUAUAUGAAGCUUUAUGUUUUUUAUUUUAUUAAUGUUCCACGAAAGAAAUAGAAGCUUAUGUUGUUCUAUAACCUCCAAUACCAUGGUACGUGGUCGUUAACUUUGAUAGUGUGUCUUUGUAAUAGAUUGAGAACCGAAUGGUACCGUGGGAUGUGUUUGUUAGUUUAUAUGCAAUGAGUGGCUGGCUUCAGAUUAAAUCCCCUUACCGUGUAGCCAUUUUCCCCUUCAUGGCUUCAAAUUCUCUUUACAAAAAAAUAAUUCACAUAUUUCACUUA